AUGAGAGGACAUACAAAAAUAGCAAAACGACGUCAGUAUCCAAAUACGAGUAUAACAGAGAACAAUAUUCUGUUGAUGACACCAGAGAAACAGAUAUUAUCACAGUGUGACACUGAUAGUAACUCCAGUAUAAGACACUAUGCUCGUAAAGACAGAACUCCAAAUACAAUUAAGAAAAUGAUGGAACGCCAUCGUGAGAGUGAAAGAGUAAGACACCAUAGUUUGAAUGAAUCGUUAAAAGACGUAUGUAUGCGUGUACCAGGAUAUGAUCCGGGAGCUAAAGAAACCAAGGGUAUGAUUUCAGAUGCAAAAGGAUUUAUUGGUCCAUAUUUUAUGGAUCUACUUUCAGAGGGCUUCUGUGGCCAUGUUGUUAAGGCCGCUGCCUUCAAAUCACUUGCCCCAAACGGCUGUGGUUUAAAAUCCUCUCAGGGAUUUUGGAUUCUUUCAUGUGAGGAAACUAAUCUGCUAGGUUACAAAGAUUUCUAUCAGCCUAGCAGCUAUAGAACAAGUGAUGGGGAUGAUGAGGAUGAAGAGAAUGAUAGACUUGUAGCUUUCCCUGGUAGAAAAAAUAACAUAUCUCAAAGGGCAACAAAGUCAGUUAAAAUUGAAGAUCCGAGGAUUUUGAAGUACCGUAGAGAAAAGAUAUCUUCCCCAACUGUGGAUUCUACCACAGAUAACAUUGUUAGACUUGGUCAGUUUGCAUACCAAGAUGUUGACAGUACCCCAAGAUAUCUGAGUCAGUUUGACAGUCAUAUAUAUUGGAAUACAGAGCAGACUGGUUUUAAGACUAUUGACCUGUCUCAGCAAUCUUCACAGGAGUCAGGAAUUAAAGUAGAGACACAGUCUAGCCUUGAUGAUGACAGUCAUUUUCAUGAGAUCAAUAAUUUCAUGGAAGAUGAAUUAUACAGCGAGUCAGAACAUCUUAGAACUGUCACUCCAUCUUUUAUGCGUGAAGAGACGGUGAGUACAUCAACAUGUAUGGAUGAUACAGAUGAAGGUUUUGAUUUAUCCAGCCCAGUUAGAUACAAGGACAGCGUGUUCCUUCAUAGUCCACCAGCUAGGGGUAUUUGGCAUUCUGUCAGCAAGCACCAUCUACCAGAUAAAGCUGACACUCCUGGACAUAAAGAAAUGGAGAGUGUAUCCCCAGAAAAUAUUCUUGAAACUAAACCUAAACUUGACACUGGUUUAACUGAGCCAUCUACCAGCUCUGUAUACAAAAGCUCAAUCAGACCAAUGACAGAAAUUCUGUCAAGCACAGUUAAUAGCCUUGACCUUGAAAACAUGGGCAUUUUCCAUCAAGUACCAGAGUGUGUGCCAUAUCCAACAGAACUUUACACCAAUACUAAUCAUUUUACUAAGGUUACACCAAGUAGCCAUCAUUAUUCAAAGUCUAGUAUCAAUACAUGUAAUAAAACAGAACAGCUUAAUGUCAUUGGAGAUAAGUCAAGAACUUCUACACCCAGAUCAGCUUCUUCAUCUGCUACGCAGAAAGGUGGGAAAAUUCUAAAAAACAUCCCUGUAAGAAAUGUGAAAAUACAAAUAGUGCAUGCCAGCCCUUCACAGAGAAGUUUACAAAGUAAGCUUAUGGACACACGCACAGUUUCCUCCACCUCUACAGGGAAUGGUGAACAUAACAUAUCUCCUUUACCACCAAAACUUGUUCACAUAAAUCAAGAGCAAUUUAGUCAGCCUGCAGAAAAUAACAAGAAAGAAAAUCUGAAUCCCCGGCCAGAGGGACCUUUUGCUGUGACACAGCUCAAAAGAAUACCUGUACCUACCAUGCCUACCCUUCAACAAUUGCCAGGGACAGUGGUUUCUCCACUUCAAUAUACAACAGACCUGUGGUCUCCGGAGGCGAAGAAUAAAAGAAAGAGAUACACACCAUUUAGAUCACCAUUCCUGGACAGGACCAAUGAAGACAGUGAUGACGAAAAUUGGCUACCAGAACCAAAAAAAAUAAAAAUAAGUGGGCAAGAAGGACAAGCUCAAAAACUGCAGACAAGAUCUACUGGAAUUAAACCAAAUGCAGCAAACAUAGUGGAGUGGCCUGAGAUUGGAAGCAGUGAGAGCACAUAUGGGAAAAGAAAGGUUGACCAUCGAAGAUCAACAUGGAUGAAUGGUUUUAUGAUGUUUAGUCAGCUAAAUAGACAAAAAUAUAUAAGUGAGCAUCCUGGUGUACAUAUAUCUGUUAUACAGAAACUGCUGGGUCACAAAUGGAGGACUAUGUCACCAGAGGAACAGCUAUCAUACAGAGAAAAAGCUAGUCAAUACAGUGGGUUGAUGAAACUUGCACAGACAUACCCAGGUUCAGUAGUUGACUCAAGCACAAGCAUGGAUACAGGUACACAUAAUCAAAGCUGGGAACCAGUGGAGAGCCAGGACAAAGUAGAUCCAUCUGUUAUAACUAUAGCUCCCAAAUAUUGGCAAUUCUAGUGUCAUACAAGAUGAAGACAGUUUUUCAAACAUAUCAAAGAUGAAAAUAAAUGAUUGUCAUCACACACUUUUAGAAAUAUAUUGCAGAUGAAGAAUAAGUAACUUUAAACUUAAUGACUCACUGUCCUAUUACUUUAACAUAUACAUAGUAUGUAUUUUUAGCUCACCUGAGCAUGCUCAGGGUGAGCUUUUAGGAUCGAUGAUUGUCCGUCGUCCGUCCGUUCACAUUUUGUUGUUAACACUCUAGGGGUCGCAUUUUUGCCUCAAUCAUCAUCAAACUUGGUCAGGAUGCUUAUCUAGCUGAUAGCUCGGAUGAGUUUGAACAUGGGUCAUUUCGGAUGAAAAACUAGGUCACAAGAGCUAAAGAUAGAAAAACCUUGUUAACACUCUAGAGGUCACAUUUUUGCCUCAAUCAUUAUCAAACUUGGUCAGGAUGUUUGUCUAGGUGAUAGCUCGGAUGAGUUCGAACAUGGGUCAUCUCGGCUGAAAAAGUAGGUCACCGGAGCUAAAAAUAGAAAAACCUUGUUAACACUCUAGCGGUCACAUUUUUGCCUCAAUCAUCAUCAAACUUGGUUAGGAUGCUUGUCUAGGUUAUAGCUCAAAUGACUUCGAACAUGGGUCAUCUCGGAUGAAAAAGUAGGUCACCAGAGCUAAAAAUAGAAAAACCUUGUUAACACUCUAGCGGUCACAUUUUUGCCUCAAUCAUCAUCAAACUUUGUCAGGAAGCUUGUCUAAGUGAUAGCUCAUAUGAGUUUGAACAUGGGUCAUCUCGGAUGAAAAACUAGGUCACUUGAGCUAAAAAUAGAAAAACCUUGUUAACACUCCAGCGGUCACAUUUUUGCCUCAAUCAUCAUCAAGCUUGGUCAGGAUGCUUAUCUAGUUGAUAGCUCGGAUGAGUUCGAACAUGGGUCAUCUCGGAUAAAAACAAGGUCACAAGAGCUAAAAAUAGAAAAACCUUGUUAACACUCUAGCGGUCACAAUUUUGCCUCAAUCAUCAUCAAACUUGGUCAGGAUGUUUGUCUAGGUGAUAGCUUGGAUGAGUUCGAACAUGGGUCAUCUCGGAUGAAAAAGUAGGUCACCGGAGCUAAAAAUAGAAAAACCUUGUUAACACUCUAGAGGUCACAAUUUUGCCUCAAUCAUCAUCAAACUUGGUCAGGAUGUUUGUCUAGGUGAUAGCUUGGAUGAGUUCGAACAUGGGUCAUCUCGGAUGAAAAAGUAGGUCACCGGAGCUAAAAAUAGAAAAACCUUGUUAACACUCUAGCGGUCACAUUUUUGCCUCAAUCAUCAUCAAACUUUGUCAGGAAGCUUGUCUAAGUGAUAGCUCGGAUGAGUUCGAACAUGGGUCAUCUCGGAUGAAAAAGUAGGUCACUGGAGCUAAAAGUAGAAAAACCUUGUUAACACUCUAGCGGUCACAUUUUUGCUCAAUCAUCAUCAAACUUGGUCAGGAUGCUUAUCUAGGUGAUAGCUUGGAUGAGUUCGAACAUAGGUAAUCCUGGAUGAAAAACUAGGUCACCUGAGCUUAAAAUAGAAAAACCUUGUUAACACUCUAGAGGUCACAAUUUUGCCUCAAUCAUCAUCAAACUUGGUCAGGAUGUUUGUCUAGGUGAUAGCUUAGAUGAGUUCGAACAUUGGUCAUCUUGGAUGAAAAACUAGGUCACAGGAGCUAAAAAUAGAAAAAUCUUGUUAACACUCUAGUGGCUACUGUUUUGAUCCAAAUAUCCUGUAAAUUGAAAGUUUGUUUUGAUGAUUUCUAAGUCAAGUUCGAACAUUGGUUAUCUUGGUUGAAAAACUAGGUCACACCGCCCAAAUAUGGAAAAACAUUGUUAACAUUCUAGUGGUCACAUUUUCUACUCAAUUAUCAUCAAACUUGGUCAGGAUGCUUGUCUAGGUAAUUGCUCGGAUGAGUUCGAAAUCGCAUGUGAAACUAGGUCACUGGAGCUAAAAAUAGAAAAAUCUUGUUAACACUCUAGUUGCUACUGUUUUGAUCCAAGUAUCCUGGAAAUUGGUCUGAAAGUUUGUUUUGAUGAUUUCUAGGUCAAGUUUGAAUAUGGGUCACCUGGGUAAAAAACUAGGUCACACUGCUCAAAUAUGGAUAAUCCUUGUUAACACUGUAGUGGUUACAUUUUUGACUCACCUGUCAUGAGACUUGGUCAGAAUGCUUUUCUAGGUAAUUGUUUGGAUGAGUUUGAUGGGUCAGGUGAGCGAUCUAGGGCUAUCAUGGCCCUCUUGUUAAAGGAACUCCCCUGAGGUCCAAAUGUAAAAACAUGAAGUUUGAAUUUCUUAUAUACUGUAAAAUCAUUAUUAUUCGUGGGGCACGAAUUUUCAUGGUUUUCGUGGGUAGGUCAAUCCACGAAUUUAAGAUCCCACGAACUUUUAUCCCAACAAAUACUUCUUACCCAGUCUUUGUUCUAUAUAUUACAAACAUGCGUCGGCUCUUUUCCGGCCGAUAUUUCGUGAAAUGGAUGUAUAUACAGACAGAUAAUCAGGUUAGUGACAUAUUAAAUCCGUUUACAAUAUUUAAGAAACUUGAAAGAAAACUCGAUUAUAUGUCCUCAAUUUACUGUCACAAAUGUCGCAUAUACGUACUUGAUCGUUGUAGUCUACUAGGACUUGAUUGUGUCAACAAGAAUACUUGACAUAAUCGAGUAAAUAUGGGAACCCAGGCAGUGCAAUAAUUAGCGCUAAUAAAAAUUGUCAGUUU